AUGCUUAAGGAAAAUUAUCUUUCUACUCCUUUCACCGAAGUCUUGGAAAUUAUGCCAAACUACUCUAAGUUUCUUAAGGAAAUUUUGAGCGGCAAGAGAGAUUGCAAUCUGGUUGAACUGGUGAGUUUGGGGGAGUGUUGUAGUGCCUUUAUCCAUAAUGACUGGCCCCCAAAGAUGAAAGACCCGGGGAAUUUCUCCAUCCCUUUCAAUAUUAAAGGAAAAUUGUUCCAAAAUUCCCUUUGUGAUCUUGGUGCUAGUGUUAGCAUCAUGCCUUAUUCCAUCUUAAAGAGACUUAAGAUAGGUGAGCUCCUUCCAUCCAACAUGACCCUUAAAUUGGUUGAACAUUCUAUUAAGUUUCCUAAAGGUAAAGUUGAGAAUGUCCCCCUCGAGAUAGGAGAAUUCACUAUCCCCGUUGAUUUCAUUGUGCUAGAGAUUGCGGAAGAUAACCAUAUUCCUAUCAUUUUAGGGAGACCUUACUUAGCUACCUCGGGAGCUUUGAUAGAUGUUAAGGGAGGUCGUAUUAAUUUGAGAGUUGGUAACAAUGAGGAAAGUUUUGAGCUAAAACCGAUGCAUGAGUCUUUGUCCCUUAUGAAAGGAAUCAUGUGUGUUAAUUCCCUUCGCUCCAUUGAUAAUGUUUGUGUGAUUAAUUCUUCGACUAACGAUGUUCUUGAGAAUUGUGAUGAUGUGCUCUUGAGUUUUGAUUGCAAGAAGGUUAGAUUUUCUUAG